AGUUAGUAGUCAUAUGACCUGCAGUGUUUCGAUAUGCAGGUUAUAGACACGGCAAUUGUUGUGCUCACAGGACUUCGAGUCAAGCGUUUGAGGCCAAUAUUGUAGGAGUAUUAGGCUAGUUUCGUCCUCGACAUGACUAGCAUGUAUUUUGUUAGUUUGGUGGUGUAUUUCCUUGCUGUUUCGUGUCUUACAUGGGCUGACUAUGCCCCUGACGAGGUAACCGAACUACCGGGAAUGUCGUUUAAACCGAACUACCGACAAUGGUCGGGCUAUUUGAAAGCCAGCCCUGGAAAGUUUCUCCAUUACUGGUUUGUGACCUCACAGAGGGACCCACUGAAGGACCCUGUUGUGCUGUGGCUGAAUGGAGGGCCAGGCUGCAGCUCGCUGGAUGGCUUUCUGUCAGAGAACGGCCCCUUCCAUGUGAAGGAUGAUGGGGCAACUCUGUAUGAGAAUAAGUUCAGCUGGAACAGGAUUGCCAACGUUCUAUACCUAGAGUCCCCUGCAGGUGUGGGAUACUCCUACUCUGACGACCAGAAGUACAAAACCGAUGACGACGAGGUGGCAGAUGACAACUACCUAGCUCUGCAGAGUUUCUUUGCCAAGUUUCCAAACUUCACACAGAAUGAGUUCUUCAUCAUCGGUGAGAGUUAUGGUGGCAUCUAUGCCCCAACACUCAGCCAGCGUGUGGCCACUGGGACCGCAAAGAUUAACUUCAAGGCCUUUGCAGUGGGUAAUGGCCUCAGUAGCUAUGCCCUGAAUGACCAGUCUCUGAUCUACUUUGGUUACUACCACGGCCUCUUCGGAGAACAACUGUGGACAGAUCUGAACACAAACUGCUGCGAUAAGGGAACAUGUAACUUCUUCAACAACAGCAAGGAGGCCUGUAAGACACUGUUGAACCAGGCCUUUAGUAUUGUGUAUGAUUCUGGGCUGAAUGAGUAUGCUCUUUACAUGGACUGUGAGGGUGGAGUCAGGGCCAGAGCCUAUGAGAGGAGCAUGAGCCAGCUCUUCAGGAACUACAGGAAGCACUGGGACACCUUCCAGCUACUGAAGGUGCCGUCCGUCACUGGCCAAAAUCCUUCUGUGGGUGAGGUCCCUCCCUGCAUUAACAGCACAGCUCAGAUGAACUGGCUCAACCGGGGUGAUGUGAGGAAAGCCCUACACAUCCCUGAUACACUUCCACCCUGGGACAUCUGCAGUGAUGUGGUGGGAGGACAGUACACCAACAUCUACCCGACAGUGAAGGAUGUGUAUCUGAAGCUGCUGUCUCUGGGUGUCCGGGCGCUAGUCUAUAAUGGAGACACUGACAUGGCCUGCAACUUCCUGGGAGACAAGUGGUUUGUGGAGCAGCUCAACCAGAAGACAACCACCAAGUACCAGAGCUGGAUAUCUGAUGAUCAGAUUGCCGGCUUCUACGAGCAGUAUGGAAACAUCACCCUCCUGACUGUGAAGGGCGCUGGUCACAUGGUGCCGCAGUGGGCUCCAGGCCCCGCCUUAGACAUGUUCCAGUCCUUCCUGUCAAACAGACCCUACUGAGCAUGCUCCUGGGGCUGCUUCCAGUGUCUGUAAUGGAACUUGUUAGUGGGCAAGGAUGAUGGCCCGUUUUUCUCAGGGAGCGUUGGAUGGAAAAGGGGAAACAAAUGUUUUGUUUUUGUAUUGUGAUCAAACAAAAUGUUUCUGUUGCACUCAAAGUAAGCUCAGUAGAUCAAAGUUCAACUCUGGAGGAACGCAAGUGUACACACUUAUCAGUGUUGGGGUGACAGGAGUGUAAUCGGACAAUGCCAUUUCUUAAUUUCAGUAAAUGUAUAAUUUAACUUUUCUUGAAGCAAACUACAUAUCAAUAGCCUUAGAAAUGUUUUGACAUGUAAAUACCUAAACAAUCUUCCUUUAGUGAUGCUGUGCAAUCGCUCUGGUUGGCUUUCUAACUGAUUAGCAGCUUAUUAGUCGCAUCAGAACUGUCAUUUGCCUUUUGAAUUUCCUCAUGCAGUUUCUGAAUCAGGGGGUUUCAAUUGUCACCACUUGGGGGAGCUGAAAUGCCAUGGAACUCAAAUGGCCAAUCAGCACUUUUAACAUUCUUUGUCUUUCUAAUAAAUGCUUUUUAUGAAACCAUUUGUAUCUCAAUUCAUUUUAAUAGCAUUUUUUUUAUUGAACAUGAUUGAAUAAUAACUGAAUGUGUUAAAACAUCCAAGUAAUCUUAAGUGACUGUUCCAUAAACAUGUAAAGAUAAUGGUGGUGAAUUCCAGGGAUGGUGAUUGAGCACCAGAAAUCUCCUUCUCAGCCACCCUGCUGAAGAUUCAGUACACAGGCCAAUCAGUGUAGCAGUUUAACUAGACAGGACUAGUGAUUCCUGUGUUAAUGGAAAUUAAGCUAUUUUUAAUUGCUUCAAGAUAUACAGGUAGGACUUGUUGCAAAAGGUAUUAUACAUCAAUGUCACUAGUGCUUCCUAAAUCUGCAUUGUUUUGAGCUGAGUUUCUGUAUAGUACUUUGACAUCUGAUUAUAAAUACAUUUGACUAGUCCAGGUGUUUUCCAACUUGGGUACUGCAGGGGUCCGCAAUAAAUAAAUACAAAAUAUUUUUCCUCUCCAUUUUUUAUUUUAAAUAUAGAUUUAAUGCCAUGUUUGAGAACUAAAAAAAGCCAGCCAAAAAAAAAACAGGCAUUCGGCAACAUACUUAUUGAUUUGUUUGAGCAGAGGAGCAUAGCAUUAGUCAUGGCAAAAUUGUCUCACAGUGUAGAAUUGCUGGGAAUUAGCUUCAAAACUGCUACAUUUUCUCUGAGCUCAAUGGAAAAAUGUGUAAAAAAUUAUUUUACAUUUUCUCUACACCAGUGGUGACUUGUCAUUUAAGCCCCACAUUUUUUGCAAAAAAUAUACAGAGUUAAUAAAGCCACAUACAAACAUGG